UUGAGAAACACCGAGGUUUGUGAAUGCGAUCGGGUUUUGUGUGUGCACGGACAUUCGUACAACAUGGAUUAGACAUCGUGCGAAACGUACGGAGCUUCCUUUGAUCGCCUCGAGAAUGUCACGGGGCUGUUUUUGAGGAAUGUUUAUCUCCCGCGAAGGGGUAACCCGUGCUAGCCGAGCGUUAAGGCGCAAUAUGAAAUAAACCGUCGCGAAACUCGUGUUUCGUUGAAUGAAACGGUACCGUGGCCCCCCAUGUUCGACUCGCCGGCAUUUUCCGUAACGAUGUCCGAUGUAUAGGUACUGUCAUGGACACAGAUGUAGAGCUUGCCAAAGGUGAAGGGUGUGAAACCAGUCCAGGUUGCUCUGGUUAUUCUAGCAUGGUGCACAGCAAAAAAGUUAUCAAACAUGCACUACGACAGCAGGCCAAGAGACGUAGGAAAAACACUACCAUAGCAGCUGGCAAUUCUCGUACUCUGCCAAGGAUUGUAGUCAAACCAUUGCCACCACCUCCACCGAACGAUCCACCGUCUCCAGUGAACAAUGUACAACAUAUUAACACUAGUAAGCGAGCAACCGAAGAGCCUGCUGCCACAAUGAGAGAAGUCCUGGCUAGUUUGCCAGGGUUCAGUUUGAAGUCUGGGCGUCGGCGAUCAACGAAGAGACUCUCGGCAACUGCACAGCUGGAGGCCGGUCUCGUGGAUCUUGAAUCACCUGCGAGUAUUUUAGCCAGCACGAGUUUACGUGCCCUCUUGAACAGGCACACCUUUCAAGGUUUACCGCCUUUGUAUCAAAGGAAACUCGCGCAGCUUUUGCCUGCUGUAGAUAGACAGGAUGCUGCUACAUCUGGAUUAAACAAUGAAUUCUUCGCACGAGCGUGCCUAGAAUGGCGUAAACGCUUGGCCGAAGGAGAGUUCACACCGGAAAAUCAACAACGACUGAAGAUGGAGGCAGAGAGGGAUAAAAAUAAGUUAGAUCCGUGGAAAGUGAAACAUUUCGAGCCGAUAUGGGGUGAGAAACGUGAACCGAAACUUAGAUCUGGUCUCCACUGUAUCACGGAAUCGAGAACCGGCGGGGCUGUAACGCGUUCUAGUUUAAGGCUUCGGUUGGAAUCGAAUGUAGAUACACCGACGACGGAUCCUCAUUGUCCGCUUAUGAUGUCCGACGAUAAGAUAGAGGACGAUAGUUGUAAAGUGGAGGCUACCAUAAAUCAUUCGGACGAUUUGAACGAGAGGCCGGGAAUGCAAGAACUGUUACCGGCGGAAUAUAACGAAACAACGCAUACGUUAAUAGAUGAAAAACAUUUAGAAUCUGUAAACAUAAGUUCCGUAGAAACUAUAGCAGACACGGAAAUGCAUCAGGAGAAACCGGAGGAGAAAGAGCAAGCCGUUACACCGCCGGCGAAACAAGAGACUGUCGAAGAGAAUAAAGUUGCGGCGCAAGAGUGCCAGGAAACGAUUUCAAAUUCGUAUGACGAGGAAAUUCAUUUACCCGAAAGCGACAAGGAUCUUCAACCGAUGGAAGAUCAUAUUCUGGAGGUUUCCGAGGAAGAUACGAUACUUUUGCCGGAUGAGAACAUUUCACCGCGAUCAAACGAGCAAACAGAACAAGUAUGUCAUACACCGAGUGAAGCAACGUCUCAGUUGACAGGAGAAUGCACACCCCAGCCUACGAUAGAACAAAUACCUCAGUUGUCCAAGGAACAAGUGUCACGAAUCACCGAGGAACAAAUCUAUCCUAUGUCCGAUUGUGAAACGGCAGCUAUGCUUGAACAAUCGCCGACGCACGAACAAGUCCGACCGACAGAGAUUGUCAUGGACGAGUCCGCGUUGAUUGACAACAAUCGGACGGAAACGACACCGGUUUCCCAUGAGAAUCCGACAGACGGUGAAUCACAAAUUCCGGAAGGAAUGGAGAUUGAUAGCGAAACGUUACAACGUAUUCACGAAUUGGAGGUAAGAGGGGAAAUGCGUGAAGCGUAUGAGGAGAUUUCAGGAUGCCCCGAAGAGAUAAUGUACCCGAUUCUCGAUGGAAUGGAGAUGGGUACGAACAGUACGGAAGAGACGGAAACGCAAGUGGUCGUCACGGGACAGUCAGAGAACGCUCGUGAUCAGCAAGAUGUGAACGGCGGCAACGAAGAGGAGGCUCUCCGGGAGGCGAACAAUUACGUUUGCUCCGAAAUGUUAGAAUGUAGUUGGUCGGUAGACCCGACCGUUAAUAACAUUAAUAACACGACCAGGACGCAAGAGGAACUUCAAGUUCCAUGGCCGUUAGUAGCCGCGGCGUUGGACGGUUCCGUUGCUGCGAACAUCACAGUGACCACGCAGGAUGAAUGUAACGAGACACCGACGACAACCGACACGACCGCUCAACCUCAACAAUUCAUCAACGCCGAUUCGAACGUGGAGCCGGCUGUGAAUUGUAUACAAUUGCCGGUAGUCCAAGGGACACCGUUUCAGUCCGAGAGUCUCGCGAUCGGCGCACCCACCGCGAGUUGUAUAAUGAAGAACUUUCAGCCGCAAAGCUCACCGAUCAUAGCUUUCCCGCAAUUGCAGUCCAUCCGAUUCGUGCAGACCAGUUUUCAUUCCGACCAAACCGCCACCCCGGUUCUGAACAGCACCGCCCCGAUCACCGGUCAGUUGCCCAAUCAGCAGCAGACCACCAAUUCCCAAGUGAACAUAAUGAGAACGCAAGAAGAGGUGGUCCAAUUGAAUGUUCAGAAUAACGUAGCGCGUAACAACGUUCGAACGAACGUCGUCACGCAGAAUCAAGUGCCGAAUGUCGUGCCGGCUGUUACGAUCGGCGUGCAACAAAAUCGACCGCAGAAUGCUAUUGUUAUACAGCAACAAGCAACGGCACCGUCGGCUCAACCGCGACCGGUUGUCGCUACUAUACAACAGCAACCGUUUCCCGGUGCGACGGUCCCGGUAUCGUCGAGAACGUCGCGAUCGAAUAAUCAAGGCGGUCAAAGGGGCUCCAGGAGUAACAACAAGGAGCAAGGAGGAGGCAGAUCUCGGAGCACCACGAAAGAACCACCAGGCGCUGUGAAUUUAGAACGGAGCUACCAGAUCUGUCAAGCGGUCAUACAGAGUUCGCCGAACAGGGAUCAGUUGAAGGCCCAUUUGAAACCGCCGCCCAGCUUGCUUGCCAGAGGUGACGGGGCGUUCACCACCAGCAAGUCUGGCGGUCGUACGAUCACCACCGUCAAGACCCAAAAACCGUCGCAAACGAUACAACAUAAUAAACCGGCUCAAAAUAAACCGCAGGCAGUUAUGUUGAGACACGUGUUCGCCACAGCGCGUCAAGCCACAUCGGCAGAGGUUCCAGAAAGCAAUACCGUAGCACAAUUAGGAUCCACAACGACUGGUGGACUAGGGCAAUAUAUACUUGUACAAAGGACAGGCGUCGGGGACAGUGCGCCUAGGGCGUCCUCAGCACCACCGUUGCCACCCCAAAUAGCCGGGAUGGGCGUUGGUGUGCAUUUGGUACGUGGUAGGCCAGCCAGUGCCGGGGAGGGUUCCCAUCAAGCUGUGACGUUAAAGGCGAGAGGUGCCGACGGCAGAGGGGGCGGUGGCGCCGAACCCGUGGCGCCUGGUAUGAUCAUUGGUGGGGAUCCACCGCCCCCCUGCGAAUGUAACAUGAGAGGUGCAAUGGUGAUAUGCCGUCAGUGUGGCGCAUUUUGUCACGACGACUGCAUCGGGCCUCAACGUAUUUGUGCUACCUGUCUCAUACGUUAAUCAUUGUUUACCGAUUGUUUAUGUAUAAAUUUAGAGCCGUGCGACUAGAGUGCUGGAGCAUCAGAUCGCGGGAACAGAGCCGAAGAUGCUAAGAUACCGUUGUUUCUUCGAAUCAUUAUAUGUAAAAAAAACACAUACACACACACACACACACACACACA